CAAACGCCCCUGAUCAGCCCUAAUCAACAGAGGAUCGAAUCGAAUUACUAAGCGAGGUUGAGAGAGAGAGAAGAGAAGAGAAGAGAAGAGAAGAGAGAAGGAUUUAUGGCGGACACAGCAGAUUCGGUGCAAUCAUUUUUCAAGAAGCAUUGGAAGGGUUACAAGGAGUUCUGGGGUGAGCGAUUCUCCAUUCUCGACAACUAUUCAAGAUACCUCGAGACCGAUCCCUCAUGGUCAGAGGCUGAUAUCCAGGAGUUCAUCGCUUCUGAUCCUGUUCACGGCCCCACUUUGAAGACAUGUCGGGAUACUGCAAAAAUUGCUGCUGUGGGGAGUGUGGUUGGAGCCUUCUCAACUGCAGCCUUCUCUUGGAAGUACUCUAGGAGCCCACAUGGCGCUGCAUUAUCUUUCGGUGCAGGAGCAGUUUUUGGAUGGACCUUUGGGCAAGAAAUUGCAAGUCACUGGUAUCAACUUUACAGGAAGGAUCCCAUGGCCGCUCAGGUUAAAUUCUUGGAAUGGUGGGAUUUGAAAAGGCAAUAACUGGUUUAUUAAGCUUUCUGGAAUAAGAGUGUUACUGCCCAUAUCCGAAUACAAUCAUCGCAAUAUUGCAUUUGUUUGUGUUUAGCAUGUACUGACUGUAUUUUCAAAGUUUGAUUGUUGAGCCUCAUAGUAAUGAGGACUUGCUGUGUUCCCUUUUGAAAUUUAUCUUGGUUUGCAAUAGAAAAAUGGUGUUAUAUUGAA